AUGGGGUCAACUAAUAUUAAUAAUACCAUUACCGAGCAUACACUAUUCCAAAAAGAGCGUGACAAUUUACUCAACAAUAUUCUUCAGGGUAUCGAACAAGUCAACACGAACAUGGCACUGCUAUCCAAAAACCUGGAUAGUGUCACUGCAGUCGGUAAAGACUUUGAGAAUGUCGCUGCGCUCUGGAAAAGUUUCAACUCAACAAUUAUCAUUGGUGGGACGGACGCGGAUUUAAAAGAAAAAAAUAAUAAUUGA